AUGGAAUCAAAAAAUGUCGUUUCAAUACCUCAGGUCAUCAAUGCCGAGGAGAGAAGUUCGACGAUGAAACGUGAUACUAUUCGUAAAAUCGAAAUUGAUAUGCAGAAAAAAUGGACUGAUGAAAAAAUUUUUGAAGUCAAUGCUCCGAACAAAUGGAUGGACAACUCACAAAAGUACUUUGCUACGUUUCCCUAUCCAUACAUGAACGGUCGUCUUCAUCUCGGUCACACUUUUUCGUUAUCCAAAUGCGAGGCAUGUGCUGACAAAUUGAAACGUGAAAUGCAGGAAUAUGGUUAUCCCCCACAUUUUCCAAACGAUGAAGAAAUUGACAAUGAUGAUGAGAAAAAUUCAACAGUGAAUUCUACAUCACAAGAUAUUCAAAUCGAGAAUAAAUCUAAAGGAAAAAAGUCAAAAACAGUUGCAAAAAUGGGCACCGAAAAAUUUCAAUGGCAAAUAAUGCGGAGUCUUGGCAUUGAAACCGAUGAAGAAAUAAAAGAAUUUGCCAAUGCACAACAUUGGCUAACCUAUUUUCCACCUUUGGUUAAACACGAUCUGGAAUCGAUGGGAUUGAAAGUCGAUUGGCGUCGCUCUUUUGUUACUACUGAUAUAAAUCCAUUUUACGAUUCGUUCAUUCGAUGGCAAUUUCAUCAUUUGAAAGCAGGUGGUAAAAUUCAAUUUGGCAAACGAUAUACAAUUUAUUCACCACUUGAUAAUCAGCCAUGUAUGGAUCAUGAUCGAAGUAAAGGUGAAGGUGUAGGUCCUCAAGAAUACACAUUAAUUAAAUUACGUAUUCAUGAUGAUUAUAUUCCUGAGAAACUUAAAGAUCAUGAUAUAUCAGCUGGUGUCUAUCUUGUUGCAUCUACUCUUCGUCCAGAAACAAUGUAUGGUCAAACAAAUUGUUGGCUACAUCCAAAUAUUCGUUAUGUAGCAAUUAAAACACGUAAUCAUGGCAUUUUUAUUUGUACUCGACGAGCAGCACGUAAUCUUUCCUAUCAAGAUUUUACAUUUGAUCAUGGACAAUUUACGAUACUUGCUGAAUUUCUCGGUUCAGAAUUAUUUGGUUUACCAUUGAAUGCUCCAUUAUCUGUUAAUCAAACAAUUUAUGUUCUUCCUAUGUUGACAAUUAAAGAAGAUAAAGGUACAGGUGUUGUAACAAGUGUACCAAGUGAUAGUGCUGAUGAUUUCAUGGCAUUAUGUGAUUUGAUGAAAAAAAUCCAAUUGCGUGAAAAAUACUCAAUUCAAGAUAAAAUGGUCUUACCAUUCGAACCAAUACCAAUCAUUCAAUUGGAACCAUAUGGAAAUUUAUCAGCUCCAAUCAUUUGUUCUCAACUUAAUAUUCAAUCACAAAAUGAUCAUGAAAAACUUGCAAUAGCCAAAGAAGAACUAUAUAAGAAAGGUUUCUACGAUGGUAUUUUACUUGUAGGAAAAUAUGCUCAAACAAAAGUAGUCGAUGCAAAAAAAUUGAUUCGUGAUGAACUUAUUACAUCAGGACAAGCAUGUGUUUAUUAUGAACCUGAACAAAAGGUCAUAUCACGUUCAGGUGAUGAAUGUGUUGUUGCUCUAUGCGAUCAAUGGUUCGUAGAUUAUGGUAAUGAAGUGUGGAAGACAGAUGCACGACAUGUUCUUGAACAACUCAAUGUUUUUAAUGAUGAAACACGCAAGAAUUUCGAGGUUACAAUCGAUUGGCUUCAUGAACAUGCAUGUUCUCGUUCAUAUGGCCUUGGUACAAAAGUACCUUGGGAUGAACAAUAUCUUAUCGAAUCUCUAUCUGAUUCUACUAUCUACAUGGCCUAUUAUACAGUAGCUCAUCUUUUGCAAGCACCUGAUUCUUUCGAUGGAAAAAAGAUUGGAUCUGCAAAUAUUCAUCCUUCACAAAUGACAAUUGAUGUUUGGAAUUAUAUAUUUUUUACAGAUGUUUUAUAUUCUUCACUCAAUACAGAUAUUUCACAAAGUACACUCGAUAGACUUCGAAAUGAAUUUCAAUAUUGGUAUCCUGUUGAUCUGAGAUCAAGUGGAAAAGAUCUUGUACCAAAUCAUUUGACUUAUUCUCUCUAUAAUCAUGUUGCACUUUGGCCUAAAAAAGAAGAUAAUCGAUGGCCAAAAGCAUUUCGUGCCAAUGGACAUCUUCGAUUGAAUGAUGAAAAAGUACAUAAUUGA